AUGGAUCUCCUUCAUAGUAAUGGUGUGCUUAUAAUUCAGCAUUUACAGAAGGAUUACAGGUCUUACCAUGACUUUCUAAAUUUCAUGUCACUAGUAGGAGAUCCCCGGAAUAUAUUUUUAAUUUAUUUUCCUCUUUGGUUCCAACUUAACCAAGUGGUUGGUACUAAAAUGAUAUGGGUGGCAGUCAUUGGAGAUUGGUUCAACCUCAUAUUUAAAUGGAUUUUAUUUGGCCAUCGUCCAUAUUGGUGGGUCCAAGAAACAAUGAUCUAUCCCAAUCAAUCGAGCCCAUGUCUUGAACAAUUUCCUAUAACAUGUGAAACUGGGCCAGGAAGCCCAUCUGGCCACGCCAUGGGAUCUUCUUGUGUCUGGUAUGUAAUGGUAACAGCAGCACUUAGCUACACAGUGAGGUGGAAAGAUGAAUCCGCAAUUACACUGCACAGACUUACCUGGUCAUUCCUCUGGAGUGUGUUUUGGAUUAUUCAGAUCAGUGUGUGUGUCUCUAGAGUAUUCAUAGCAACACAUUUCCCACAUCAAGUUAUUCUUGGAGUAAUUGGUGGAAUGCUUGUUGCUGAAGCAUUUGAACAUACCCCUGCUAUCCAAACAGCGAGUUUGAGAACGUACAUCAAGACAAAUUUGUUUCUCUUCAUCUUUGCUCUUGGCUUUUACCUGCUUCUCAAACUUAUUGAUGUUGAUCUUCUAUGGUCCGUUCCAAAGGCAAAGAAAUGGUGUGCCAAUCCAGACUGGAUAAACAUUGACACAACUCCAUUUGCUGGACUGGUGAGAAAUUUAGGUGCACUCUUUGGGUUAGGUCUUGGCAUUAAUUCCGAAAUGUUCAUCAUGAGCUGUAAAGGUACAAAUGGAUAUAAGACGAGUUUCAGACUACUGUGCAUAGCUGCUUCUUUAGUUACCUUGCAGCUGUUUGAUUUUAUCAAGUUACCCACACAUACCGAGUAUUUGUUUUAUGUUCUUUCUUUUUGUAAAAGUGCAGCCAUACCUCUCACUGUAGUUGCCUUGAUUCCAUACUGCAUACACUUGUUAAUGAGGCCAACUGAAAAGAAGUUAAAUUAG